AUGCCUGCUGCUGCGCUCUUUCUUGCCACAGGCUUUGCACUUUACUAUUACUUCCAGCACGAAAAAGCCAAGUUGGCUGAGUCCAAGAAGAAAAAACAAGAGGACCAAGUCAUUGGACGACCACGGAUCGGUGGUCCCUUUAGCCUUGUCUCUUCGACAGGCCAUCCAUUCACAGAUAAGGACCUGCUUGGCAGCUUCAGUCUUAUAUACUUUGGCUUUACAAACUGCCCGGAUAUUUGUCCAGAGGAGCUUGACAAAAUGUCCUCUGUCGUGAACGAGGUGGCCAAGACACAUGGAACUGUCAUCAAUCCUGUGUUUAUAACGUGUGAUCCCGCUCGGGAUCGUGUGCCUUAUGUGGCCGAAUACAUUGCCGACUUCCAUCCUCGUAUGAUCGGGCUCACCGGAACAUAUGACGCUAUCAAGCAGGCAUGCAAGUCGUACCGUGUCUAUUUCAGCACACCUCCAGGGGCUGAUCCAACGAGUGACUAUCUUGUGGAUCAUUCGAUCUUCUUCUACUUGAUGGACCCUGAAGGCAAGUUCAUCGAUGCAUUUGGAAAGAGCUCUACAAUGGAAGAGGUGCGCGACAAAGUCCUCGAUUACAUUGCGCGCUGGAAGGCGGCGGGCUUGCCUCUCGUUGAGGCGAAUGCGAAGGAGAAGGCUGCAACAGAUGGGCGGUCAAAAGCGUCGGAAGCCUCUUUGUUUGAGGAGCCAAGUAGCGUGCCGUCGGUGCCUCCAGCUGUACUGCCAGCAGGAGACCGACUAGUUUGA